AUGGGCACUGAAACCAUAUACAUUCUAGCCGGAGCGGUGCUAUUAGCAGUGUUAUCCUUUGUAAACGCUGAGGUUGAUUGUGAAACACCUCCGACAUUUGUGGAUCCAAAAGAAUGCUGCAGUGUACCAAAUUUAAUAUCUGAGGAAUUGAUUGAAAAAUGCAAAGGAAAUGAACGUCCUCCACCACCACCAGAAGGCAUGAAUAAUGAGGUUGAUGAUAACCAGCGUGGUGGACCACCACCACAUGCUCACAAUCGUCACGGACCACGUGGACACCAUGGGCAUCAUGGACAUCAUCAUCACCAUCAUUGUUUCCCAUCCUGCCUUUUCAAUGAAACUGGCAUCUUAAUUGAAGGCGAGCUGCAGGAAGAAAAUUUGGAUACCUUUUUAAGUACUGCUGCUGCUGAAUCUCCUGAGAUCAUACCAAUUCUAAAGGAAUCCUUCCAGACAUGUCAUCAAAAAUCCUUGGAAAUAAUGGAAAAAAUACGUCAACAUUUUGAAAAUUCAUCUCGGCCAAAACCACCACAUCAUCAUCAUUGUUCUCCCCAGGCUGGCAUACUAUUCCAUUGUGCAAUGUUGGAUACUUUCAAACAAUGUCCCGAUUCUAUUUGGUCUGGCACGGAUGAAUGUAACAAUUUACGGGAAUACUUUACAGAAUGUAUGCCCUCAUCUCCAGGUGAUAAUAAUGAAGAGGAAGUAGUCGAAGAAGAGGCUUAA